GUACCGGUACCUACCAAUACAGCUCGAUAUUUCAAGUUACAGUUAACUCCGAGUUUCAAUCCCAACUAUAAUAUCUCAACCUCCACCAUUCUCUGCCAACUUUCUUCUUAAUUUCUGUUAAAUUCUCUCCGCUUUUCAUAUUCUCCUGUUUCCUUUUCUUUUCUCCAAAUUUAGCAACACCUUGCAGAAAGAUAUGGCCGAGGAGGAACCAAAGAAGAUUGAAACCGAAUCACCAGCUGACCCUUCUCCUCCUCCUCCACCAGCUCCCGUUGCUGAGCCGCCUGUUGAAGCUCCCAAAGAUGUUGCCGAGGAGAAAGCUGUAAUUCCACCUCCACCUGCUGAGGAGAAGCCCGAGGACUCCAAAGCUCUUGCAGUUGUUGAAAAGCCCGCAGAGGCUCCUGAACCUGCUGAGGAGAAAAGUACUGAGGGCUCUGUCAAUAGAGAUACUGUGCUUGCAAGAGUUGAAACAGAGAAGAGGAUUUCUCUGAUUAGAGCGUGGGAAGAAAGUGAGAAGUCCAAAGCAGAGAACAAAGCUCACAAAAAGCUAUCUGACAUUGGUUCAUGGGAGAACAGCCGAAAAGCAGCUGUAGAAGCUGAGCUUAAACAUAUCGAAGAGCAAUUGGAGAAGAAAAAGGCACAGUAUGUGGAGAAAAUGAAAAACAAGAUAGCACUGAUCCACAGGGAAGCCGAAGAAAAGAGAGCAAUGGUUGAAGCUAAAAGAGGAGAAGAUCUUCUCAAAGCAGAGGAGACAGCUGCAAAAUAUCGUGCCACGGGAACCUCCCCGAAGAAGCUCCUUGUCCUUGGCUGUUUUUGAGGCUGGAAACCCUGAAGUGUGAUUGAAAAAUUAAAUUAUAUGUAUAUGUUAUUUGAACAUUCAUUUGUUAAUUUAGUCUUGGUGUUUGGUUUUGUGGUGGAGAAUUGAUAGAUGUAAGAUGUUCAUUAUUGUGUGUGCACAGUCAUGUAUUUGUGUGUAUAUAUACUUUGGGAUGAAUUAUUGAAUUUGUAUGAAAGAAGUUUAAAAUAAUGCUGAAUCUGAAGUGCAAUCCAA